AUGAGUGCAUCCAUCUGGACCCAGUCCAACCACGACUCUUCGAUCUUCAGUUAUGGCGAAUCUUACUUGUCAAGUAUUACCCAAUGGUCGACAGAGACCCCAGACAAGCUUUACCAUGAGCUGAGCAAUGGAUUCAUCCACGAUGAACAGCAGCAGAAGCCCAACAAACUGAUUGGCCGCCCUCCAAACAGGUGGACGACCACACGUCUACGAAAGUUGGUGAAGCUAUAUCUCUUGACAGAACUUGAGAUUGAUGGUAUUAUUGAUUCUCUGCGAACUGAAGACUUUCAGCCAUGCAAACGAAAUGUGCAAGAAAAGCUCAAAGUUCUAUUACAGGCUCAACCUAGAACCAUCCGACCUAAAAGCGAUGCCAAUCGAGAACGAAGACAACAACUUGGCCGCAGAAGAUGCAUUCAUCGUCCUGGGAGUAACUUUACAACAAUAAAGAAUCUUGACUUUGUUGGCACUGUGGAUCCAAGGGAGCUUUCGUGGGAAAGGUGGCACGCCACGCAUACCAACCGUAGCCCCACUGAUGUCGAUUUUGCCUGGACUCCCAACACCAACUUGCCGACCACAACGUCGAAUCUGCUUGCUCCUCAGGGCUAUCAACAAUCUGAAGACUUCAUAUCAAACUCUGAACGAUUUGAGAGCGAAUCGAGCCAACCGGGCACUGAGAAGCCGAUGAACUUCUGGAACCACCCGCAAACAUUAAUACCUGAGAUCGGUUUCGACUCUAAUUUCGGCUUGGCUCCCCUUCUUCCCUCAUCCAACUCAAAUCACCUUUCGUCGAUAUCUGAAUACUCAAGCCCCAUGAUGCAUGAUGCCGAAAAUGCCUCCGCAUUCCAGCACUUGAACAAUAGUCGAACUCGUGGGACUGUCUCCUCACCAAGUCCAAGACUGUCACCGCCAAGCGAACGCCUAGCGAUCAAUUCAACAUACACAGCAGAUAUUCCUGACGAUGCGAGCAGCUUUCUGUCUAUGACUGACUCCUGUUAUGGAUUUGAAGCGAUGAGUGACUUCAACAGCCAAGCAAACACAAGCGAUUUGGUAUCUGUAGACACGCUCAAAGGCUCCAACAUUGUUUUGUGCGGCAUUAGUCCCUCGGACAAUGACAGCCAUACCUCAAACGAACUCGGACCACAAAUGUCUGAUCCCUUUCCUUCAACAUCCAGCAUCAGUACCCUAUUAAGCAAGGUGUCUUUGACUCCACCAUCAAGUGACACAUCUUCUAAUAGCUCCGAACCCCUCCCUGGUCGUUUGGAGUGCCCAAAAUUGUUACCAGGAGCAUUUCCAAGAUACUGCUGGCAGCAUAUUUGCCGAGACACGCUCCGCCAAUGCGCCGGCAGCCUUGAUUCGAAACAAUGUAAGAAGAAGCGAAUAUCAGAAGGCAAAUCGGUUUAUCGAUCCUUUAGUGUGGACGUUCUUGCAAGGAUUAGCCAACAACAAGUAAAAUCGACAGACGUUGAUGAAAUAGAUGCCUUUGGCAAUUCGAUCCUCCAUGUAGCUACAACAACUAUGGCUUCUUCGAAGUACUUGAUCUCGCUUAUAAACCUGGGGGCCAAUGUCAAUGCUUUGAACAACGCUGGGCAAACCUUCUUGCACCCGUUUAAACCUGAAGAAAUGAUGCAGAAAGCCGAUUUUUGCUCUCUACUUGAAGUUCUCACCCAGAAGAGCUUCAAUUUCUCUCAGCUUGAUCAUCUUGGCCAAAGUCCUCUUCAUCUGUUGAUGCGACCCUGGAUUGCUGCAAGCAUACUUCGACAGGUGAUUAUGACUCUGGAUACUCUUCGUAUACAUAGCCAGCUGUCGACCGCUCGAGACUGCCUCGGCUACACCAUCGUUGGAGAGCUCAACCUUCAAGAGUCUAGUGAAUCAUGGGGCGAAAACGAGCCAUCAGCCCGAAACUACGAAAAUCAUCCAUUAAUCGAUACGAUAGAUGACCUCGUCCAUUAUGAAGAACAUGUUGAUUGCUGGAGAACAAUAAUCUCCGGGCUGGAGUCACCAUGGUUUGAAGACUUGAAUGGAAGAAAUGGCCUCCAUUGUAUAGCAGAGGCAGUCCUGGUGUCAGCUCAAAAACCACUACCAGAGCGCCUGAUGGCUAAGCUCAACUCCAAGGGACUAGCACAGUGCGACCGAACUUCAAUCGUAAAUGCUCUUUUAAUAGCUGGAGUUGAUUCAAAUAACUACGACAAAAGAGGCAAUACACCAUUGAUGGCGUUCAUCAUCCACUCUUCGCAAGCACAGUCGGGCGAACAGUUGGCACACGCCUUGCAGACCUUACUUAAAGCUGGAAGUGAUCAUUCUCGGAGAAAUCGCCAAGGAGAAACUGCACUGCAUUUGUCCGUCAAGCUAGGAUGCCGAGCAGCAACAGAAGUUCUCCUAGCGGCUGGGGCCAAUAUCCAUGCUCGCACGCAGGACGAUGUAGGCAUACUUGAGCUUGGACAAAAGCAUGCCAGAAAGCACAAGCAGGACGGGGAAUUAUAUGCGCAAAUUAUGCUAUGUAUAACUUUGUCAGCAAGUUUUGGCGCUGUUGCAGCACCGACCAUACUUGACGAGUGGGGAUCUCGGUGCAAACUCGAAGUUCAGGGCCAUUGCGAAAAGAAAAGCACUGGUUUCGCCAAGAUCAAAAACUUCAUCAUCAAGAAGGCUCGAUGGAAGCAUGCGGCGCGGCGAUAA